AUGGGAGACGAAGAAGGUGGAGGCCUCACGGCAUUGCAGCUGCUGCAAGAAGAAGUAACCACGCUGAAGAAGACUCUGGCGGGUGUGGAAAAGGCAGAGAACACCAGCAAAGCGUGCGCAAGAGUGAUCAAGAAUAUCAAGGAAGCCGAAGUUAAGGACUUUUUCCUGACCCGAGAGGGUGUCGCAGACCACAAUGUCUAUCACUCGUCUGCAGGAGGAGGCGGUGGAGAUGGAGGUUGUUGUACACUAUUAUAG